AUGAGCGCACGCCAGACACAUCAAAUCCGCGAGAAUUCCACCAAUGGUAGUUUGUACAAGUCUGGCACUUCUAACUUGGCAAUACCCGCAAAGCGACCCCCGCCAGCUUUGGCGUCGCCUCUCGCUGCCACCAGUAAAUCCAAAAGGAAAAGCAUUAUUUCCAUCUCUUCAGACGACGACGGGGGGAAUGAGAUCAAGCCACUUGCCGGCCCUUCCGCGCCUAGCACCCGCACGACCCGCGCUAUCACGAAGCGAGCGCCCAUAAACACCAUGAGCGAAUACAGGAAGGAAAAUGAAGAGCUUCGACGUCAACUCGAGAAAUUCAAGUUAAGCAACCAGUCCUCUGUGCACGAAAUUGAGCAGCUUCGCCAGCGUCUCGAUGAGGUCGAAAAAGGGCUGACGGAGUCUGAAAGUAAGCUCCGCUGCAAGGAUGAAGAAUUAGAUUCCAUGAGGGAUCAGUUGGCUGGGAGGGUCCCUUCAAACAACGCGGCUCUAUUAGAAUCCCUCCGAUCAUCCCUCCAAUGCCAGAUUUGUCUGGAACUCAUCAGUAGGCCUCAUAUCAUUCCUGGCUGUGGCCAUGAAUUUUGUGGAUUGUGUAUACGAGACUGGCUCACCAAAUCACAAGCAGGGGCACAUGAAUGUCCCACUUGCAGGAAACCUAUAAGGACUCGUCCCUUCAAGGCAUACAUUCUCCCUUCCGUACUCGAAAUUGUGAAAAAUGCAACACCGUCCGAACUCGUCACUCCUGUUAAGGCCUCUGCCGACAAGGGAGAUCAGCCCCAUGGGACCGAUCUUUGGGCUGGGAUCGACUUCGAAGACGAAGAAUCGGAAUCGGAAGCCGGUGGAACAAAUAGUUCCGAACAAGAUGGACAAGCUGCGUCUGAAGUCGAGAUCCUUGAAGGGGAGAGCGAUGAUGACGAUGAUAACGAGGCAGACGAGCCAGGAGAAGCUGGUCACUGGACCAUGCCCGUGCCAAUACCAGCGCUCUUCGAACAUCCCCAGCUCGAAGUCCAGCGACCAGGUUUAUGGAACAACCUAAGUGAGCGUGAAAGAAUACUUGUUCGCCGUGGGGCGUCCCUACGGAUGAUCGAAGAACUGGAGCUCCAAUGGUCAGAACAGGAUGGUAUCACUGGAAUCUUGGGAGAGUAUCAUUAUCACUUUGGUUGGAAGAUUGCCAGGGACUGGAGGAGGGCUCCUGCCGAAGAUCUUGAAACGACUAUUCAGGCAAGUACUAUUUAUCUCGGUUCCCGUUGA